CAUGAUAGCUGAUAAUAGAAUAUCGUCCGUCCCGGACUACGUGUGAUAACAGUUGUAUGCGCCCGUCGUGGUUACCGGUUUUACUGUUCCAUGAAAUGCGAGGAAAUUUGUUUGCACGUUCGUAAUUCGCCGCCGUCCGGGUCCGGGAUAUGAUCCGACUUCCGUGUCGAUACUCCGAGUUUUGACGACAGUCCUGACCUGUCAUCGCCGAUCCGUCGCAACACGCAACGGCACAGGUGUGUUUGAAUGCCGGCCAGAGUCAAUGUGCGCCUGGGCUAUGCAGUCGAGCCGUCACAUCGCAUCCAAAUAUUUUAUUCAGUCAAAUUGACAAUAUGUCAAACACAGAAAAGUAUAUGAUAAAAAACCCAAGUAAUAACUCUCAAAUUAUUCGUUUACCAACUAGAAAACGUGUAUAUGGUGGCUAUAGAAAACCAGAAGUGAAAGAUCUUAUUGAAAAACAACAGAAGCCAAUGAGAAAAAUUAUUAGAAUGAGUGAUUUAAAAGAAAACAAUACUGAAAUCAUCACUGUUUCUCCUGAGUUCUUAGAUGACAGUUCAUCAGAAAUAAAAGAUGAACUUAUGUCAGAUUCAAGUUAUGAUGAUUUGGAAGUAAAUUGUGAAUACCAAGAUGAUCCAGAGGUUAUUGUUGUCUGUGGUGAUGAUUUAGAUCAAUCUAGUGGUAGCGAUUUAGAAUUCAUAGAAGACAUGAGACAUGAAGAACCCAGUAAAAGUAAAUUUCAUAAUGAUGUCAAUUCUUCCGAUGUUGUUGUGAGAACAGACAUUUUAAAUGAUUUAUUAGAAGGACGUAUGACCAAAACUACUAAAAAACUUCUAGAUUCUACCAAGAUUUCUUAUUUACCCAUGCAACUAACUCCAAAUGAAUUUCGUUCAACAUACACUAACGAAAAAAGCCCAUUUAAAGUUAGGCCUAUAAAAGCUAACAAAGGCUUGAGACAUUUCUCCAAAAGGGUGUGUGAUAAAGUCAAGACUAAAAUGGUUACCACAUAUAAAGAAGUAGCCGAUGAAUUAGUUGCUGAAUGUGUUGGCAAUAGAGAUAGCCCAACUUUUUUAUAUGAUCAAAAAAAUAUUAGACGCAGAGUAUAUGAUGCCUUGAAUGUAUUGAUGGCUUUAGAUAUAAUUGCUAAGAAUAAAAAAGAUAUAACCUGGAAAGGGUUACCAACUGGAUCCAUACAAAACAGUGUAUAUCUUGUUCAAGAAAAAGAAAACCGCCUUAAUAGUGUAAAAAGAAAACUUUUAGCUCUUCAAGAGAUCAUUAUGCAAGAAGUAGCUAUUAAACGUUUAGUAAAACGUAAUCAGGAUGUGGAAAAUGAAUUUGGUCCUCCACCUCAUAACACAUUUGUCAAUCUACCUUUUAUGGCUAUUAGUGCAAAUGAAGAUACAUCUGUUGAAAUAGAAAUAUCAGAAGACCAAAAACAAUAUGAAAUGAGUUUCAAUGAUAAAUUCAGUAUGGUUGAUGACACUGAAAUUUUAAAAACUAUGGGUUUUACUUUAGGAUUGGAUCGUGGUGAAGUGAGCAAUGAAGACUUAAAGAUUUUGAAAACAUUAGUACCCAAAGCUUUUGAGAAACACAUUGUUAUGAUGGCUACUAAAAAUGGUGAAAUGUUUAAUGAUAUCUGUAAGGAAUUUGAUGAGAAAAUGAAGUCUGCUGAAAUUGAACAAUCUUCAUCAAGGCCCAAUAUUAUUAAUAGAAGGAAGAAUAAGAGAUAAAUAAAAACUGUUAGCAAUGUUUUUAUUUUUUGUUUUUUUUGUUAUUAUCAUGACAAUCAUCAAAAUUACUAUGUUAAAUAUGUAUACUUUUUUUUGUAAAUAAUUGAAUGUUAAUUAGUUUUAACUUGUACAGAUUUAACUAUUUUAUAAAUAAUAUAAAUUACAGCAAUGAAGAAUUUGUUUAACUAAUUUUCAUUAUAUUUGACAAGUUGUUUUAUAAUCUGUUUAUAUUGUUUUAACUUUAAAUACUACAUUAAUAUAUUUCUGUAUGAACGAAUAACACUUAAUUUAUUAUGGAAGUUAUGAUUUAAUAAACUAUGACUUGUUAUUAAGUUUUAAUAAGUUUAUAGAUAGGCGUGAAUAUAUUAAUUUUAUAAGUGUUAAAAAAUAUACAUACAAUUUUUUUUAUAAAGAUUUUAAAUUCAAAUUCAAACAAAAUUAAAUUAAAGAUUUAAACAAAGAAUAACAGUUUUAGUUACAUAUUUUGUGUUGUAUCAAAAAUAUUUUCAGUGGGGAUUUAAAACUUACAAAUAUUAUUAAUUGUAAUAUUUUAUAUACACAAGGAAGUUUUUAAAGCAUUUCGAUUAAUUUAGUAUAGUGGCAGUUGUGUUAUAUUUAUGAGGCCUAACAUUAAAAUCUAAAUUUUGUUAACAAACUUAAUUAAAAAAAUGUUGACACCCCCUCAAAAAAAAAAAUCUUACAAGUAAACCGUCACUGAUUUAGUGCUAUUGCCUAUUUUUACCACAAACCUAUUCUAUAAUAACAAUAUAAACAUAUUGUAAUAUAGACUGAUAUAUCUUAAUUUACUCAAAAACCUUUUUUUGUAUACCAUUAUUUAUUAAAUUUAAAUAUAACAAAUAACAGUGAUUUAAUCAAUUAUGACAAAUAUACUGCAUAGCAGAGUAAA